AUGCGGGGGGCACUGAGCCUGUGGUUCGAGGAGCAGCAGAUCCGGGGCAUCGGGGCCGGGGUCAGGGGUGAGCCCUCACUGCUGGCCCUGCUCUCCCCGGAGGCCACCUGGAGGGACGGACAGCCCUUGCUCCGCCUGGUGUCGAGGGGCCGGUGGGCUCGCCUGGCGCUGCACCUGGAGCUGGGCAGGGUGCAGCUGUACCGGGACCGCGAGGAGCCCGUGACCAUGACCCCGGCCCCGGGGGGCCUCAGCUUGCAACUCCCCCUGGACCUUAUAGUGGCCUUCUCCAGCACACCCGGGGACCCCACCUCCAAAUUCCUGGCCCUGGCACUGCCCGAUGGGGCAGAGUGGCUGGACACCAGGGGCCUCAUCUCUUCAUCCCCACCCUCCCACCCCCUGCGCUGCUGUCAGAGGAGCGGCGCACCCACCGAUGGUGACCUGGAGAGCUCCCUCCAGCCCUGGCUCCCUUCCCCAUAUCCCUCAGGCUCUCCGGGCCCCCUGGGACCUCCCGGCCUCACUGAUGUCCGGCACUACCAGCAGCAGAAGCCCGCUGACCCCCUUGACCCAGCCGGGCCCGACGCAGAGCGGCUGCGCCGCCUGGAAGAGAGAUUGGGGGGGCUGGGAGCCGCAGUGGCCCUGCUCAAAGAGCAGAACGCAGCCCUGCAGUCCCGGGUGAAGCAGCUGGAGUCCUGUGAGUGCCGCCAGCCUCUGUGCACCUGGCAGGGGCAACAGCAUCCAGACGGGACCCGCUGGGAGCCCGACGCCUGUACCAGCUGCCUCUGUCUAGAUGGGGCAGUGCGCUGCUUGGCCCACCCAGACCGACCCCACUGCCUCGGCUGCAGCCAUGCCAACAAGGACUACAGCAAUGGGGAAACGUUUUUCCCGGACCUCUGCACUGCCUGCCGCUGCCUGGAUGGGAAAGUGGCGUGUACUCAGCAGCCCCCAGGAUGCUGCCCUCACUGUGAGCCAGGCUGUGAGUACGAGGAGCGGCACUACCCAGAGGGCACCAGCUUCCUGUCCAGCUCCAAUCCUUGUCUCAGCUGCUCCUGUUUGAGGGGCCUGGUUCGCUGUUUCCCUGUGAAGUGCCCACCCAGCACCUGUUCCCAGCCUAUCCUGAGCCCUGGGCGCUGCUGCCCAACCUGCCAAGGCUGUGAGGAGGGCGGCUCUUCCCACGCCCAUGGAGAUGAGUGGAUGGCCCCUGGUGACCCCUGCCAGCUCUGCCGCUGCUCGGAGGGCCAGGUCCUGUGCCACCAGAAGGAAUGUGCCAACCUCUGCCCACACCCUGCCCGGCCCCGCCCUGGUACCUGCUGCCCAGUCUGUGACGGAUGCUUCUUGAGUGGGCAUGAAUACCGCAGCGGGGAGCCUGUGAAAUCUGGGGACCCCUGUACCCACUGCCGCUGUGAGGAUGGGCAUGUCCACUGUGAGCCGGUGUCCUGUCCCUCUGUGCCCUGCAGCCACCCGGGGAAAAGGCCCAGCCAGUGCUGCCCUGUCUGUGAAGGCUGUGAAUAUGAGGGGCAUCAGUACCACAGCGAGGAGACCUUCCAGCCCCCAGGGCAUGGCCCCUGCACCCGCUGCUCCUGCCAGGCUGGAACUGUACAUUGUGAGGAGGAGCAGUGCCCCCCAGCUCCCUGUGUUCACCCCGUCUCUCAUCCCCAGCACUGCUGCCCAGUUUGCCAGGUGUGCGUGCUGAACAGAGAGGAGUUUGCUGAGGGAGUGGAGUGGGAGCCGGAGGGCCAGCCUUGCCACACGUGCUCUUGUGUCCGGGGGCUGCCUGUCUGUGGACCUGUGCUCUGCCCCCCGCCCACCUGCCAGCACCCGACCCAGACGCCCGGAGCCUGCUGCCCCAAAUGCCAGAGCUGCACCUUCCAGCACUGCAUCUAUGCCAAUGGGCAGAAUUUCACAGACCCCGACAACCCCUGCCAGACUUGCCACUGCUUGGAUGGGACGGUCCAGUGCUCUCCCAUCAACUGCCCCCCUACCACCUGUGCCAGACCUCAGACCUUGCCCGGGCAGUGCUGCCCCAAGUGCCCAGACUGCCUCCUGGAGAAGCAGGUGUUUGUGGAUGGCGAGAGUUUCUCCAGUCCCGGGGAUCCGUGCCAGGAAUGCCAGUGCCAGGGAGGUUCUGUUCAUUGCCAGUCCCGGGCCUGCCCCGAGGCUCCUUGUGCACACCCUCUGCCUGGUACCUGCUGCCGGAGCAACUGUAACGGCUGUGACUUUGCUGGGAAGGAAUAUCCCAACGGAGCGGAAUUCCCCCAUCCCACCGACCGUUGCCGCCUCUGCCACUGCAUUAAUGGGAACGUGCAGUGCCUGAGCCGGAGGUGCCCCCCACUGCCCUGCCCGGAGCCCUUCUUGCCACCUGGCGAGUGCUGCCCCGGGUGCCCGGAACCUCCGGCUGGCUGCCCACGGCCUGGAUUACCCCCCGCACACCAUCAGGAGCAGUUCUCCCCACCCGGGGACCCCUGCCGCCGCUGCCUCUGCCUCAAUGGUUCCACAUCCUGCCAACGGCUGCCCUGCGCCCCAGCACCCUGCACACAUCCCCUGCAGGGUGCCUGCUGCCCCUCAUGUGAUGGAUGCCUGUACGAUGGGAAAGAAUUGCCCAAUGGGGAGCGUUUCCCGGCCCCCGGGGCCCCCUGCGAGGUCUGCCUCUGCUGGGAGGGCAGCGUCAGCUGCAAGCCCCGCGCCUGUGCCUCCGUCCAGUGCCCCUUCCCCACCCGGGGACCUUGCUGCCCGGCCUGUGAUGGAUGUGAAUACCUGGGUGAGUCCUACGUGAGCGGCCAGGAGUUCCCAGAGCCCGGAGAACCGUGUAGCCACUGCACCUGCCUUGGGGGCUUCGUCUCCUGCAGCCGUCGGCCCUGUUACCAGCCAGGCUGCAGUCACCCGAUCACCCCACCCGGGCAGUGCUGCCCGCUUUGCCAGGGCUGCCUGUACGAGGGGAUCACCGCAGCCACGGGAGAGACAUUCCCAGACCCGGCCGACCCCACUUGUUCCCUCUGUACCUGCCAGGAUGGCUCUGUGCAGUGCCUGAGGAAGCUGUGUCCGCCAGCCGCCUGCCCUCACCCCACCCCAGGACCCUGCUCCUGCCCCAUCUGUCUAGGCUGCCAUUUUGAGGGACAGGAACGCCAGGACGGGGAGGUGUUCGAGGGACCAGAGGGCAGUUGUGAGAAGUGUCGCUGCCAGGCUCGCAGCGUGCACUGUGAGAAGGACCCGUGCCCUCGCCUGUCCUGUGCCCUGCAGGUCACAGAGCCCGGGACCUGUUGCCCCCGUUGCAGAGGCUGUGUGUCUCAGGGUAUCCAACACCCUGAGGGCAGCAGCUGGACCCCGCCAGAUACCCCCUGCUCCACCUGCGUGUGCCACGAGGGCGUCGUCACCUGUGCCCGCAUCCACUGCGUCAGCUCCUGUGCCCGCCCCCACCAGGUGCCUGGGGAGUGCUGCCCACUCUGCAAAGACUGUGUGCACGAGGGCCGGACGUACCAGCCGGGGGAGAGUUUCCAGCCGGGCGCCGACCCCUGUGAACUCUGCACCUGUGAGCUGCAGCCAGAGGGUGCCCCACGCCUGCACUGUUCCCGGAUGCAGUGCCCCAGCCUCUUGGGCUGCCCCCCAUCACAGCUCCUGCCCCCUGGGCCUCGGCACUGCUGCCCGACCUGUGCCCAGGCCUUGAGUAACUGCACAGCCGGGCUGCUGGGAAGGAGGCUGCCUGCUCCGGAUCCCUGCUACACCUGCCAAUGCCAGGACCUGACGUGGUUGUGUGUGCCCCGGGCCUGCCCUCAGCUCAGCUGCCCCCUGGCAGAGCGCCAUACGCCCCCCGGUGCCUGUUGCCCUGUUUGUGAUGACUGUGUGAUAGAGGUGGAGGACCAGCGAGUGGCCGACGGGGAGAGCUGGCAGGAUGCGGGCAAUGCCUGUGUCACCUGCACCUGCCAGCUGGGACACGUGAAGUGCCGCAAGGAGGAAUGCCCAGCUUUGGCCUGUCCCGCUGGUUGGACCAGGGAGCGGGUCCCAGGCAGCUGCUGUGACCAGUGCCAGGCCCCCGCCCUGCCCUGCUCCUACCAAGGCCGCGAGGUGCCCUCCGGGGAGCAGUGGGCAGUGGACGAGUGCACCAGUUGCUCCUGCCACUCCGGCGUCCUGCAGUGCCGGAGCCAGCGAUGCCCACCCCUCACCUGUGCCCCUGAGGAGGCCCCGGUCCUCCGUCCGGGCGCCUGCUGCCCGCGCUGCCAGCCCCGCCCCGCUUCCUGCCUGGCCUUCGGGGCUCCGCAUUACCGCACCUUCGACGGCCGCCUGCUCCGCUUCCAGGGCGGCUGCAGCUACGUGCUGGCCCGGGACUGCCGGGGAGGGGACUUCAGCGUGCACGUGGAGCAGGACCGGCGGGACCAGCGGCAACGGGUGGUGAUGGUGCUGCUGGCGGGGGGCCUGGCCGUGCGCCUCCUGCAAGACCGACACGUCACGGUGGACGGGCGGCCGGUGUCCCUGCCCUUCCUGCGGGAGCCGCUGCUGUUCGUGGAGCUGCGGGGCCGCACGGUGCUGCUGCACACUCAGCUCGGGCUCAAGGUGCUGUGGAAUGGUCAGUCCCAGGUGGAGGUGAGCGUCCCGGGCUCUUACCGGGGCCGGACCUGUGGGCUCUGUGGCAACUUCAAUGGGUUCACCCAGGAUGAGCUGCGGGGCCCCACAGGGCUGCCCCUGGCUUCCGAGGCCGCCUUCGGCAACAGCUGGAAGGUCCCCACGGAACCUGGGCAGGACGACUCCUGCUCCCCGGGCCAGGACGUCAAUCCAUGUCGAGAGGCGGGAUACCGGGCCCGGCGUGAGGCCAAUGCCCGUUGCGCGGUGCUGAAGUCGGUGGUAUUCGGGCGCUGCCACUCGGUCGUGCACCCGGAGCCUUUCUUUGCCGCCUGUGUCUAUGACCUGUGUGCCUGUGGGCCAGGAGCUCCUGCCGAUGCUUGCCUCUGUGAUGUCCUCGAGGCCUAUGCCACCCGCUGCCGCCAAGCUGGCAUUAGCCCCAAAUGGCGGGGCCCUUCGCUCUGUGCGGUGGGCUGUCCCCUGGACCGGGGCUUUGUGUUUGACGAGUGUGGCCCGCCCUGCCCCCGGACCUGCUUCAACCAGCACGUGCCCCUAGGAGAGUUGGCCGCCCACUGCGUGCGGCCGUGUGUGCCCAGCUGCCAGUGUCCGGCUGGGCUGCUGGAGCACGAGGGUCACUGCAUCCUGCCCGAGUUCUGCCCUCCAAUCCAGCUGGCCCCAGAACUGGAGCCCAUGCCUCUGCCCACCCCCAGCAGAGACCCCCGCCGGAGAUCCUGAGCUCACAACCUGGCCGGACGGAAACUCGGCUUCUAGUCACAACUCCCCGCCCAGGUCUUGCCCACCAGAGCCUGGUGACCAGUCCACCAUACACCAAGACCCUUGGUGGCCUGGCCCAUUCCACUCCUUGGUCCACUAGGCUUGUCACGCUGAUGCCAGUCUGGAAAGGUGCGGGGAGGGUGGUGCCCAGUCAGGCCCUGUUUGCUUGGUUUACCACUGAAUCGGGGUGCCAGCUGAACCCACAUCUGGAGCAUUAAACCGCUGAUGGUUUCUCA